UAAGGGUGAAGAUACACGAAGACGAGAAGUGUAUCUACGAACACGAGGUUGCUCGAUCGAACGAGAACGAUCUUGAGACGUUGCUGGGAAAUCUGCGGGACGUACAAUCAAGAGUCAAUAACUUUUUAACUACGCUGAUCGAGCGGCGGGACGUAUCGGGCGGUGCGCAAAACACGUCAAAUCGAGCGACUUCUUCGGACGACGAAUCUAUUUCCGAUGAGGAGUGGAAGGAGGCAGGAGACGAGGUGGAAGUUAACCCCAAAAAAUGCAAGUUGUCAGCUUAGAGAUAUCCGUGUAAUUUUGUUAAUAAAUAUCGCGCGCCGUUGACGCGCCAUCGACAAAACCACGUGCCUCUAUUUUUACUCGUGUCAUUCCAGAGUACCAGCAUUUUUGUCCUUCGGAUUAUCUCGUCCGAUGAUGAACGAGUCGCCAGAACGCGAUAACGUGCGUCUCGCGUGAAAACGACCAACGUCCGGCGAGACCAACACACGACGGUGCACGGUGGCUUGCCGAGAUUGGAGCAAGUCUUGGUAAUUCGGUCUCCUGCAUGUUGCUACUGAUCUAUCAAGGAACAUGUCUACGAUGUUGUCAAAUGAGGCUCAGCUGCGCUACAUGAUAGAAUGGUUUCAAGAAUGGUCCGAGAUGCAACGGAGUGAUUUCCUGGGGGUGCUGUUGGAGAGCUGUGGUCCUUCAGGGCUUGUGAAUGGACUAGUGACUGGGAUGGAGAAGCUGGGCUGCGAAGAAUCCGAUAGACCACCGAGCCUGUUCCAAUGUCGCGUCAAGCUGUUCAGAGAGUGGAGUAGCAAUUGGUCGCAACGCGAGAAGGACUCCCUGUUAACGGCCAUCAAGAACACGGACAGUAAGUUCGCUGAGAAAUACGAAGAAAAAUUAUCGUCGUUACUGAAGGACAAGCAGUAACGAACGAGCAUUUUAUGCUUUAUAUCUUACAUACAUAUAUGAGUAUGUGUGUGUGUGUGUGUGCAUGUGUGUGUAUAUAAUAUGUGCAAGUUAUACAUUCUACAUAGCAUCUCCAGUUAGUUCUCUUUAGUUAAUAUUAAUUUUGGGGAAAGAAGCUUAGCUUUUUAUAUUUAUAUAUUUAUUCUGAAAGGUUUAUAUAUGUAACAUAUAAAAAUAUUAGUAUAUGAUCCGUUACAUCUGUUGACAAUGGUGUAAGAUUGUGAUACGGUCAAUAUAAGCGAAUUAUUCUUAUAACUUAAUCGAUACGUUCCUCUUAUAUCUAGGUCUUUGUGUUGCGUGACUGUUUGUUCACGCCACGUAAACUGAUGAUUCACACAGUAGAACGUACAACACAUUUUCUAGAAUAGAAAAUUUGUAGUAUAUGAUACGUAGAUGUAUGUCCACUAGCGACUUUUAUUAUUGAAGAUUACAAUCUCUCACACACACACGUAAGAUAUUUUAUCAUUCUCUUCAUAAAAGUUGUGGGCCUGCAGAGCGGAAAUGUUAAAUUAUUUGUACGUAAAACGUUGAUUUGUACCACUUUCAAAUGAAAGCAUAAAAUUAUUGUCAUAAAAUAUCAAGAAAGUUCAAUAUUAAAGUGCAUUUAAUAUGUUAAUAUAAAUUCAAGAAAUUAUUUAACAAAGUGGAAAUAGGAUCAUGUAUACAAAUACCUGUAAACUUUUUUCUUGUCUAGAAAUGAGAUUUUCUACGUACAUUCCUUUGUUAUUGCAUUUUAUAUGCUCCAUAUACGAAUUAUUUCAUUAAUGUCAUCAUAUUAAUAAAUCAUCCAUGUCAUCUAUAUUAUUAUUCGACUUUAUAUCCAUAUACAACAUAUCUGAUUGUGAGAGUAACAUGAUGUAAACUAGGUAUAAUUUCUUCUAUCUAACGUAAUUGAAUAAGAUAAGAUUUCAGGAUACUGUAUCGUUUUUAAUGACUGUAAUAAUAAUUAUGUAACUCCAACAACAUAAUAUAGUAAAUACAGUAAAAUUUUGA